ACCAGCGCUCGCAGUCGCUAAACCGAGGCCCGGUCCUCUCCAGGGCGGACGUGGGAGGAAUGUGGUGACACCAAGGAGCCUCAGGAGGACAGGUGGGCUGUGCCAGUUGCGCGAUGGGGAACAAACUCAGCUGCUCGUGUGCUCCUCUUAUGCGCAAAGCCUAUCGCUACGAGGACUCGCCGUGGCAGACGUCCCGACGACGAGAUGGGCAUCUCCUGAGGUUAUGGGCUGAAGUGUUCCACGUGUCUGCGAGCGGAGCGGGAGCGGUGAAGUGGCAACAAGUGUCGGAGGAUCUUGUGCCCGUCAACAUCACAUGCAUCCAGGACACGCCGGAGUGCGUGUUCCACAUCACGGCGUACAAUAGCCAGGUGGAUAAGAUCCUGGACGUGCGACUUGUCCAGCCGGGCACGCGAAUCGGUCAGGCGUCCGAGUGCUUUGUGUACUGGAAGGACCCAAUGACAAACGACACGUGGGGCCUCAACUUCACGUCCCCGAUCGACGCUAAGCAAUUCCGCGAAUGUUGCUCGCCUUCUUUCAAAUUUUCACGAAAGGCCUCAUCGAGUUACUCGCUGAAGCUCGACCCGCCGGGCAAAGGGAAGAUCAAGGCUAAGAGGAAACCACUGAGCACACCGGCCAGUCCGUCGCGCAUCCGCGAGCCGCAAUGCACGUGCAUGACGGCCGAGCAGUACGCCAGGUUGCGCUCUCAGGAUCCCAGAUAUCGAGCUUCGUCGACACUCCCUCGAGCAACGACUCGCAGUACUGAAACUGACACUGUGCGUGGUGAUAAGGUGGCCGCCGCCACAUCCAGCACAUCCCUGUACGACAAUGUGGCGACGAGUGGUCAAGGCAUCGGCACUCAGAGCACAGGGCAAGACACACUCAAUCGCCAGACAAAGACUCAAGAAACCAAUACAAUGACAAUCACAACAUCAGUUGGCACGCAGAAUCAUCAUAUCGGGUCGCAGGCCGGACAGCAGGACUCCGGCACGCAAAUGGGCAAGGCGCCCGAGGAGACCAGCAAGUCCGAGGGCACUCAGGCCGGCGGAACGCUGCAGCAGAGCUCGGGGCCCAAGACCAUCUCCACGGGCACGGGCACGCGGACGAAGGACUUCGAGGACGCCCACGAGAUGCACCACAACGUGCUGAACAACAACACACGACGCAGCAAGUCCAAGAGCACGGAGGACAUGAACGUGGACUCGGGCACGCUGAAGCGCAUGCUGAAGCCCAUGGCCAGCACGGAGAGCCCCGUGACGUCACCAGAGAUGGGCCGGAAGCGCUACAACUACUACAACAGCGCCACCACGAUGCCGCACAUGCAUCAGCACGCCAUGCACGCGGCCCACAUCAUGAACAACAACACGCUGGGUCGCGCCCAGGCGCAGCGCUUCUCCAACAGCCGUUCCUCGCACGAGAUCGGGCGCGGCUACCCGCAGAGGGGGCUCUACUUGGAGCUGGAGCAGCGCGAGCGCGGCUGCAUGGAGGGCUCACCGCCCUCGGACAAUGUGAUCUUCGACAACCAGUGCUACGCCACGACGCCCAGCUCCAGCAACGGCAACUCGGAUCAGGAUCAGCCUUGCGGGGGCCGCGGCCCCGGCAGGCAUUCGCACCACCAUCAGAAUCAGCCCAAUGUGACCCCAACGCCGGGCUCGCCGACAUCCAGACUCCUGCUGGAGUACGAGAUGCACUUGAGGAACACGCUGGCCAAGGGAAUGGACGCCGAGUCGUACAGUCUGCACACAUUUGAGGCUCUCUUAUCGCAGAGCAUGGAGAAUUUAGAAUUGGCCGAGAGCUUGCCAGGAUCCACUCAGAGGAGUCCAUAUCCGACCCGGAAACGUUCUGCCAGUGCCAAAUCAUCCACCCUGCCGCUGGGCCGCCCCAUGAGUGUGCGGGAGAGGGAUCGAGAUGGAUACUACAGUGACAGGAAUGAGCUGUCGCGCGAGAGGGAGCGCGAGCGGGAGCGCGAGAGGGGAUACUUAAGUGAUCACAUUUCGAGCUAUGGGCAGCAGAAGUGCGCCACCUGCGUCAGUGACAACUCCAGAGCGCACUGGUUCCGGCACUCCGACGGCUGGAGGUCCGGAAGCUCGACUCUGGGCUCAGGAUCAGGAGCAGGACUUGUGCCCAACAUGGGCUCCGGACACAAGCGCUCUCCGUGGGACUCUCUGCCAUCCCUCCGACAGGACAACAGCAUGAAUGACUCUGGAUACAAGAGUGCCAGAGGAGAUUCCCUCGAACAAAGGGGUGUUUUCGAUCGGCAAGAUAGUCUCCGUUCGGAUUAUCUGAGUGACCGCGACUCUCGCUAUGGAAUUGUCCAGCAGGCGUCCAUCGACAGCACCGACUCUCGCCUCUGCUACUUGACAUCCUCCGAGAUUUCCGAUGAUGAUCGCAUGAGUCUCACCACUGCUGUCUCAGAUGAGGAUGAUGGUGAAAGUGUAAUGGCUUCGCCGUACAAAGCAAAGGCCACGGGAACUGCAGCAGCAUCUUUCAACUGUACAGGAGCUGUGAGGAAGGCUGGAUUCCUCUCGGUGAAGAAAUGGCUGCUGCGAAAGAAGCAUCAGAUUGAAUUGGCGCGGAAGCGCGGAUGGAAGGGCUACUGGGUGUGCCUGAAGGGCACCACCUUGCUCUUCUACCCCUGCGACUCGCGCGAGGGUCGCUCCGUCGAGGCCGCCCCGAAGCACCUCAUCAUCGUCGAUGGGGCCAUCAUGCAGCCGAUCCCGGAACACCCCAAGCGGGACUACAUCUUCUGCCUGAGCACAGCUUUCGGGGACGCCUAUCUCUUCCAGGCUCCGUGUCAGGUGGAGCUUGAGAAUUGGGUGAAUAGCAUCCACAGUGCGUGUGCAGCGGCGUUUGCAAGGCAUCGGGGCAAGACGGGCACCCUUCAUUUGCUCCAGGAGGAGAUAUUCCGCCUCGAGAAGGCGAUAGAAUCGGAUCACAAGCUGAAGCACAUGGCGGAGCUGCAGCAGAGUGUGGUGACGGAUCAGGACACUCGCCAUCAGAUCCAGACGCAGAUUCUGCAGUGGGAGGAGAACCUGGAGCGUCUGCAUUGCGAGCAGUUCCGCCUCAGGUGCUACAUGGCCUCCCUGCAGAGUGGCGAGCUUCCGAAUCCAAAGUCUCUUCUGACUCAUGUGUCGCGACCAACGAAAAACACCCUGAAUAAAUUGGGUGUCUUUACCGUGUCAUCUUUCCAUGCUUUCAUCUGUGCUCGUUCGCCGUCACUUCUUAAUAAUUUGCUGGCCGGAAGGGGCGCCACAAAGCGCAGGGCGCCCCUUUUAUCACGCUCCAACAGCAGCUCCAGUCGACGGUCUAUGCAGAUGGGCUCACGCGAUGACCCGGACAAAACGUACAAAAUCUCAUUGCCGGACAACAAUCACACGACCGUUCACCUGCGAGACGCGAUGUCAGUGGAGGAAUUUCUGGCCAGUGCAUGCGCCAGGAAGAGCCUCAAUCCCAUGGAGCACUUCAUACGGGUGAAGAAGAGACGAGAUAUGGAGGAUCAUAACUACUUUGUGCCUCAUAGAAACGACCUAAUUGACACUUACCUCCACACACACGAGGUGGUGGAGGUUUGCGCCAAAAUUUUAUACCAAGUUGAGCUGCAGAGGACGACAUUGGAGCAAAUGUGGGGCUUCUCGGUGGAAGCGGAACUCAUCGAGAAUGCGGAUCGACAGGACGAACUCUGCUGCUACGUGAGUCGUGUGGAGGAGAAGAGUGUGGCGAUGCAGAACGGAUUGAUAAAGGGUGACGAGAUAAUGGUUAUCAACGGUGCCAUCGUGUCGGAUUUGGACAUGAUGUACCUCGAGAGCGUGCUGCAGGAGGAGCAGGCGCUCUGCAUGAUGAUGAGGUCCUCGAGAACGGAGCCGCCGGAUUUGGCCGGGAUAAUGCGCGUCACCGAUGACAUGAUUGACUCCCUGGUGUGCCCGCCGCCGCCCUCGGAUCCACCCAUCAUGAGCGAGGAGAUGAUUUCCGGGCUGAUUGUUCCGGCUCCUGGAUGGAAGCCCGAGUACGCGACGUCGUCCGGCAUGGAGUCUCAGGCGGGCCAGAAGCAGCUGCGGAACAACAGCUUCGAGAUUGAGAAUCUGCUGAAAACGGCCGAACAGAUUACGGGCUUCUGUCGUUCACCCCAGGAGACGAGAAAAUCGAGUCCAACGGGAUCAGUUUCCUCUUCCAUUGCCGGAUUGGCGCCAUCGCGACAGCUGAGCGACGCGGAAAAAUUGAGAAAAGUGAUACUAGAACUAGUCGAUACGGAAAAGACUUAUGUUAAGCAUUUAAAUAAUUUACUCGAAUACUAUUUGGAGCCGCUGAAGCGCGAAACAUUCCUCUCCAAUGCCGAAAUUGCCGCACUGUUUGGGAAUAUUCAGGAAAUUGUAGCAUUUCAGCGUCAAUUUUUGCAAAAUCUCGAAGAAGCACUCGAACUCGAGCCGGACUUUUAUAAAUUCGAUCUGCCAUGUCAGUUUAAGAAUGUUCUCUUCUCCAUUGGUUCCGCUUUUCUCUACUACGUUAAUCAUUUCAAGCUCUACUCUUCGUUCUGCGCGAGUCACAGCAAGGCGCAGAAAGUGCUGCAUCCCAACGAAGGGAAUCAAGCUCUGCAGGAAUUCCUGGCGGCGCGCAAUCCGAAGCAGCAGCACAGCAGCACGCUGGAGUCCUUCCUGAUUAAGCCCAUUCAGCGAAUCCUCAAGUAUCCACUUCUGCUGCAGCAGCUGCGGAAUUUGUCUGAUCCGAAUGCAGAGGAGCAUUUGCAUUUAGUCGAGGCACUGAAGGGAAUGGAGAAGGUGGCUGAGCACAUCAAUGAAAUGCAACGAAUUCACGAGGAGUACGGCGCGAUCUUCGAUCACCUGUUCCGGCAGCACCAGAAGUCCUGCAAGCAGCCCAUCGACCUCAGUCCAGGUGAUCUGCUGUACUACGGCGGUGUGGAGUGGCUCAACAUAUCCGACUUCCUGGGGAAGAUCAAGAAGGGUCUGGAGCUGCAUGCCAUGUGCUUCGUCUUCAAGUCGGCCGUGGUGUUUCUGUGCAAGGAGCGACUGCGCCAGAAGAAGAAGCUGAUGGGCGUGUCCAGCAAGAAUGCACCGAACGAGGUGGAGAUCAUCCGCUAUCAGGUCCUCAUUCCCGUCACGGAGGUUCAGGUGCGAGCCUCGUCAGCGAAAGACAUGGACUCGCACUUCCUCUGGGAGCUCAUUCAUCUCAGGUCGCAACUCCAGAGACGCUCCGAGAAGGUCUACGUGCUCUCGAACAGCACUGCUGACUUCAGGAACGCCUUUCUGAAAACCAUUCGUCAAAUUAUUAGGGAGAGCGUGCGAAACAUGUCAAUACCGAUGAAGGGACUGGGCAGUCUCACUUCAGUUGCCGGACUGUCGGGUGUGUCGGCGGGAGGAAGCUCACAGACGCUCGAGAGACCAAAGCAGACCAUCACAAUCAUCCAGGGAUCGCAGACGCUGGGCAAGAUGAAGAAAUCCAAGACUUCCCAACGCCACUCGGCCGGCAAUUUGGACUACGACAAUCUUAUGAGCAGUCAGGAUUGCGACGACAUUCCGCAGCCACACACGACCUUCCGGAGUCGGAGUAAAACCGUGGGUGAUUCUGCAGAUCCACCUCCAGUUCCUAAGCGCACCACCAGCGAGUUGGACCGUCACGAUCCUGGCAUCAAGAGCGAGGGUGAGGAAGAUUCCCAGCAUGGCACGGUUAAGGGAAAGGCCACCCUGGGGCGAACUCCAAACCACCUAACACUGAGCACAACAUCGACCCUCUCCGUGGGCAGCACUGGCAGUCAGGCGCGCCUGAUCCAGUCCUCCCACGCGCCGUCAACGUAUCAGCCGGUGCUCAUGAAGGACUUAGGGUCCCCAGUGUGGAAACCACGAGACACGGUUAGCUUAGGGGAUGCGCAGUCUUCAACACGCAAAGAUGAAACGAAAUAGACUUUAGCGAAAAAAAGAAAAAUGAUUACAUAAAUAACAAUUUUAAGAGAGAUGUGAGAAAAGGAAGAGAAAAAAAAGAACUUUUUGACCUUUAACAACAAGAAAAUAAAUAUAUAUAUAUAUAUAUAAUUUUUACUAAUGCACAUAUAUUUACAAGGUAUUUAAAAGAAUGAACAUGAGAUGAAGGAAAAUAGAAGAAGAAGCUCUUCUGACAUCACAUGAUCAACCAAAAAAAGAAAAAGAAGUCACGCAAAUGGUUGGAAGUUUGAAAAUUCUUGUGUGACAGAAAAAACAGGACAGAAAAGAUAUAUAGUGAAAAUUUCUCCCCUCUUCUAAAAAACGAUUCAAUGUAAGAAAUUUUUUCAUAGGAUUAUUUUUGAAAUGAAAAGAAAAAAUCGUACCAAGAAAAAAACCAUUGACGAAUCGACGAAGAUUGGCUUUUGUGACGAAGUGGUGUGAUUUUUUAGUGGAAAUUCCCCCGAAGUAAAGUUGUAGAUGAAAAUUUGUAAAGGAACAUUUUAUGCAUAAAACUCAAAAAAAAGAAACCCGAUGAAACCCUAGAGAGUGAUUAGAAUUGGCUGUAAAUGUGAUUAAAAAUUGAUUUCACACGUAAGUUACAGUAACUGGAAAUCAUGAGAGCAGCAAUUUUGCAAGUAUUCUUUGUAUUUUUCAUCCCUCACUCAAAAAAACACCCUUAUCUUCCAUAACAUAAUGUAGGAAUAAUUUUCAUAGCUAAAAAAACCAAAAAAAAACUAUAUUUCUCCUAAAAAGAAUCUUAGUGAUAAGUUUUGGAGUGCGGCAAUUGCUGUACAUUAUAGCAAUUGUUCAUGGCAAAAGUUCUCUAUUGAUGUCUUUUUCUACACUGAGUUCUCAAAAACUAGAUCAACAGAUCUCUUUUUUAUUUGAAAAAAUACACCAAAAAACAACAUAGUUUCUCUUCUCACCCUGCGAGGAGAAUUUUUUAUACAAUUUAUCAGAUAAAUGAUGAAAUAGUGACUAUAAAUUGAUAAAAGAUUAACUUAAUCUUUUGAGCUCAAAAAUAUACAAUCAAUAAUUUCUAAUACCUAGAAUUUCAACGUUAAUAAAAAGAAAAACUAAUAAACAUUCUAUCAUUUUUAUCAUUUGCAAAACUGUGAAAAGUUUUAGUCAAAUUUACUAAAAAAAAAACAAACAAACAUAUUUGUAGGAACAUAAUUUUUCUAUAUUCAUAGAUUUUUUACAUUGAGAAAGCAAAAAUAUUUUAUCUUAAGAAAAAAUAUCUUUCUCAAUGCAUUAGUUUUUAAUCAUUUUCAAACUUAAGUGAGAAAAAAAACUUAUAAGAAAAAAAACACAGCAACGUAAAAUUUUAAUCAAUCUCCACUGUAGUCUUAAUUACUUAAAAAAAACUAUAUAUAAAACAUAAGAAAAGGAUAUGUUUAUUAAUAGUGGAAAACACAUUUUAAAAAUACAUUAAAAGCAAACAAAUAUUUGGCAGAAUUUACUUGAGAGAAAAAAAGAGAGAAAACUAACGAAAAGAAGUGUCAUCAUAAGGAAAAGAAUGGGAAAGAAUGGAAAAAAUACAUGAAUUUCUAGAUAAUGUCAUUUAAAAGUGGCGCGGAGAACUUUAAA